AGACGGAGGCAAUACGACACGUUAAAUCCCACAGCCACAUCAGAAGCAGCGCAUUCAGUCUGGAUAUUGCCAAUGUUAAUGUUAACCCUCCCAUAUUGCUCUGUCUCCUCCUUCCCGCCGCCGACCAGAUUCCGAUGUCAGAUUCUGUCUUCAACGCCUAUCUGUUGUCAUGGAAUCUUCUCCGCUUCUCCAUUCAGGACUGAGCUACGACCAUUCCUUGUUCGGUCUUUUGGUCAUCGAGAAACUGCGCUUCUUGUCCAAUUUCGUUGCUUUAAUUCUCGGACUGAUGCUGGGAGUCAGAUUGGAUUGGUAUUUUCGUUCUUCCAAGAAUUUGGGCUCACAGAGGAAGAGACGGAACUGCUUCUGGCGAAGAACCCAGAAAUAAAUCUCACGCCUUUGGAGAAGAUCCGUGGCCGUGUUCUCUCUUUCCAGUCUCUGAAAAUCAACGGAUUGAAGCUUCAGCUCUUGAUUUCAAAGUAUCCAAAGUUGUUAACUUCAGAGGAAAUCGAUCCCAUCAUUAGAUUUUUGGUUGAUGAAUUGGAGGCAAAGCUUGAGCCUGCUCUUGUGGAGCGUCUGUUCUCUGUUGCAGACCCAUCAGUCUUGGUCGGUUGCAACCAGAAGGUGAGGUUGCUUAUCCGCCAUGGAAUUCCCAAAGAUAAGAUCUCUCACGUAUUGGAAAAGGUCAACCUGACUAAACUACUGUGUCAUAGAUCAGUGGAAGACAUCGAGAGAAUGAUCAGUUUCUUCGAACCUUUUGGUGGAAUUGGUAUAAUCGUGAGGCGACCCUCCAUUCUCAACUUCGAUUUGGAUGGUCAGUUAGUUCCUAAGGUCAGUUUUCUUAGGAAUCUUAGUGGGGAAGACGAUUAUGCCACUGGAACCGUACUACGAAGACUGCCCGCGAUUUUGAGUUACAAUGUGGAACAUAUGGUUAGCCAUGUGGAGUUCCUCAAGUCUUUUGCCGGCUUGACUAAUGAUCAAGUGUUUAAGAUUAUCCAUAUGUUCCCCAAUGUUAUCAGCACCAGCAAGGAGAGGAAACUGAGACCGAGGAUAGAGUUUCUGAAGCAAUGCGGGUUGGAUUCGCUAGAGAUCUUCAAGUUUCUGAGUAAAGCGCCGUUGUUUCUUGCUCUCUCCGAAGAUAAUCUAUCACAUAAACUCGGGUUUCUGGCGAAGAUUGGAUAUGAGCAUAGAACAAAGGAACUAGCCCGGGCUAUGGGAGCUGUGACCAGAACAAGCAGUGAUAAUAUGCAGAAGGUGAUAGGGCUGUACUUGAGUUACGGGCUAUCAUUGGAAGACAUUCUUGCAAUGAGCAAGAAGCACCCUCCAAUUCUUCAGUAUACACACAGUUCUUUGGAGGAGAAGAUGGAGUACUUGAUCGGGGAUAUGGGCCGUGAAGUGGAGGAGCUUCUUGUUUUCCCUGCUUUUCUGGGCUACAAGCUCGAUGGCCGGAUCAAACGCAGAUACGAAGCAAAGAGGAUGACCAGAGGCGAAAAUAUGUCGCUCAAUACGCUAUUGACGGUGUCAACUGAAAGAUUUCUCCAAGAAGAAGGACGAGACUGCAUCCCUCAUUCAGGACUGGCUGACUAAAGCAAAUGAAACCAGAUGAGUAUAUGUCAGAAUGAGCUCCUCGACGCUACUGGCUCACUGUUAUGAACCAAAAAAAGAAUCUGGAGGAUCGACUGAGAUAAAGUUUUAACCCUAAUGCCUCAGCCUUCUUGAGUCAGCCAUCAUGCCGUUAAACUCAAUAAACGCCUCAGAUGAUCAUGUAUCCUAUUUCGUGUUUCUAGGGACCAAACUUCAUCCAAGAAUCAGUCAUCAGAGCCUGCAGAGGCACCGAAUCAACCCUCUUGAGCAAUCGUCGUCUCGAAAGACAGCAAACCCUCACUGACUGACCGCAAGUAAGCUCGGGGGUUCCAUGGUCGCCGACGAAGCUGUCUGAAAUCAACAAGCCCUGUGAAUACAUCACUUGGGUUUUGUUCGUUAAAAUCGAACCGAGUCUGAUUGUACGUAUAUUAGGGAGGGGAAAACAAAGACUGAAGAGGAUUUUGGGGAUGUAAUAUUAUGAAAUAGGCUCUUGAAUUAUAUAUAUAUAUAUAUAUAUAUAUAUAUGUAUAUGUUUGUAUCGAGGAAAUGAAUAAAUCAAACCAACCUAAGCUACUACUGUGUAUAUAUAUCAUAUGUAUGUUGGAAUGAAAACAACAUAAUCACAAUCACAUUAAUUAAUACAUUAUAUAAUAAUUAAAAAACAUAACUCCAACAUUGCAUCAUCUCUGCAACCAAAUCAUGUGAUGUCCUACACAAUAUUCAGUCAUAAAGAUUCUUUAUUUUACACUGUUCUAUCUUUUAUACACGUAUAACACAUACAUGUGUGUGUGUGUAUAUAUAUUCUAACCACGAGUUCCAUGGCUAAUUAAGGAAAGCUGCCACCCCCUCCACCGCCAUUGCCGCCGAACCCAUAGCCAAAGCCUCCAUUGCUUCCGAAGCCAUAACCAAACCCUCCGUUGGGGCUCGAACCCCAUCC